AGUUAAUAUCGGACAUCCUUACUUUUGUGUUUUAGUGACACUGACAGCUCCAUGUAAGGUCCAAAACCUUACAUACCAGACUUUGAAUAACUAAAAAGCACUUCGUCAUGAUCUAAGGUGAUAAGGUGAUUCUGGCCGCUUAUAUUGGUAAUAAUAGUGAAAAUUAUUAUAUAGAAACAAACAACCACUGUUCUUAAUGUAAGGCUAGAAACAACACCGCUUAGCAACUGCGUAGCUCGUUAUUAUUGUUGUUGUUAUUGUAGUAAAAACAAAAAGCAGCUUCUCCUCUUUGAGCCCCCUCCCCUGCCCCCUCCUCGAUGUCUCUGCGGGCCCCUGGCAGAAAAGUUUCAGACAGAUCAUGUGCUGUCAAACGCAGGAACAUAUGCUUCACUGUUUGCAGUCUGCCUCCUCACGCCCGUGCACUCCUUCUUCCCCACUAAGGCGCAGAUCACGUUUCAGCAGCCAGGUCACUGUGAUUUGAAGCAGUCGCUAUAGCAGCCGCGCUGCCUGUGUAACACCGAGCGGCUCUAAUUACCGGACUUUGAGCUGGUGCAGCCUACACGUGAGUCGGAAGCUUGUUCAACCAGCGGCGGCGCGCCUGCGCUCUCACCACAGCACAGACGGCUUUGGCAAAGUGGCUGCUCACACAUAUCAGUCUGAGACGCUGCUCCACAGGAGCACACCUCGUCUAACAUCAUCUCCCACCUUCGGCCGCCCGCGUCUGGUCCUAGAAUAACAAACAGUUGUCAGGAGCCGCAGAGCAGCGAUGGAUGAACGGAUACCGCAUUUGCAGGACAGGCACUUCAUGGAUCACGCAGAUUUCCUGGGGGUGGAUUAUCCCACUGUCUACAUGUCUAAAUCCAAAAGAGGAAUAAAACGAGAGGAUGACGGCAAGGACGCCUAUAAGUUACCACACCGGUUGAUAGAGAAGAAAAGGAGAGACAGGAUCAACGAAUGUAUCGGGCAGUUGAAGGAUUUGUUACCGGAGCAUCUGAAGCUUUCGACACUGGGACAUUUGGAGAAGGCAGUUGUCCUGGAGUUAACGCUGAAACACCUGAACGCACUGACGGCUGUCACCGAGCAGCAGCACCAGAAGAUUAUUGCUCUGCAGAACGGGGAUCGGUCCAUGAAGUCAGCCAUUCACGCAGACCUGGACGCGUUCCACUCUGGAUUCCAGGCCUGUGCCAAAGAGGUCCUGCAGUACCUGAGUCAGUUCGAGAACUGGACGACACGGGAGCAGCGGUGCACGCAGCUUAUCAACCACCUUCACAAGGUGCUGGCGCGGUUCCACCCCGGCGCGCCGCCUCCGCCGGUCCAGCACCAGUUGCUAGCCGGAGACGCGCAGAACGCACCGAAAGCUGACAGCCAGACCAACUGUGUUCCGGUCAUUCAGAGGACCCAGGGCGGAGAGUUUAACGAGAACGACACAGACACAGACAGCGGGUAUGGCGGCGAGGCGGAGAAGAGCGAUGGCAAAGAUAAGAAUACUUGUGAGCGCAACGAGACGCAGAAGGGACCAAAGGCGGUGAAGAUCAAGCAGGAGUUUGGAGAUGAACGAGCCGCCAAAAGAACAAAGAUAAACUGGCCCGGUGCAGGGUCAGGGAGCGGUGACCCCAGCCGGUCCGACCUGGCAUUAAUUAACUCUCUGAUGGGAAUAAGCGGUGUGGGACAGCAGACACCCAUAUGCAUGCCUUUCUACUUCAUCAACCCCUCGGCGGCAGCUCCUUACAUGCCCCUGUUUGAUAAAAGUAACGUGGAAAAGUACGUGUACCCGGCGGCGGCGGCGGCUGCUGCUCUCACGUCCCCUUUCCCGUGGCUGUAUCCGGUACAAGCGUCUGCAGCGGCCGCGGCCGCGUUCCCCGGGUUGUCCUCGCACUUUGGCGCCUCCAUUAAUCACAAGGACUCCCUGUGUCCAGACAGCGACGGGUCACACGAGGCCGAGGCCGAGGCCGAGGCAGGCUCAGCCGAGGAGCCUGAGGAGAGUGACGACGGAGAGGCAGAGGCGUCCGAGAAGUCCCACGAGAUGAAGAGCAGCCCUCCUCAUCACUUGUCCGCCUGUGGAAACAGCUAAUCUGAUUCUGUUCCAUUUUUGUGCGCUCUGCCGAGGAGUCUAAAUGUUCCUCAUUUUUAUAUAUAUAUUAAAACGAGGCCACAUAUAAAAAGAGCUUUUACAAAAGAGUUGUUGGGGCUGUGGUGACGGCGUGUGCCUUUAACGCUUUUAAUGCGAAAUUGAAUCGUUCUGAAUGAAUGCUGACAGUGUCUGACUUGAGUAAACGGCCUGGAAAGUUGUUGUUAUUUUAAAAUGUUUUCUUUUAAUUAAAAGAGUAUUUUCAAAUGGCAGCGACUGGUGCCAAAACCUUUGAGUAUAUAUAGACGCAGUAUAUCAAUCAUUGAGCCUUCUUCUCUGUGUGGAUGUAUGAAGUUACCACUGAGGUUAUUAAGAGCUUUGCUGACUCUGCCUGUAAUUGUUACUACCUGGAACACAGUCUGACCCACGUUAACUCGUUGAUGUGCACUGGAAACAUAAGAGAGAGAUUCUGGCCGAGUGAAUGCUUCAGGUUCUAAUCCCACACCUUGCACGAGAUAUAGGUUGAACGAGUCCCAUUUUACCUGUAUCUAAAGCUGACAGAUGAUGGCACCUCAAUACAAACGACUGAUUUCAACACCUGUUAACGAUUGCACGUGAUAGCCAGAUAGAUGAGAUAUGAUACGGGGUAUUUUAUAUGCUGGACUGCCCCGUAUCUUAUCAUCACAAAUCAGAGUACGUUCUGUUUACUUUAUAAUGAAACUAGAACAAUCAUAAGAAUGAAAACACUCACUGACUGGAGGCUUCUUGACCAACAUGUGGUCUGCCCUCCCCGUGAAUGAGGCUUUACAGGGACCUCUACCUCCACUAACCUUUGCUAGGUAGAACCUUAGAGAUGUUAAAUAAUGAAUGUAAAAUGAUCCUUACUUUUUCAAAUGUAAAAGUGCACUUUGACCUGGUUUGGCCCUACUGUCAUCGACAGCCAUUUUAUAAGUCUGAAAGUCAAUCACUGUAUACUUCUCUGAGAACCUUGUUUUUCGUUGUUGAAUUUUCUAAAAAAAAAAAAAAAAAAAAAUUAAAGGUGCUUGAAGGAACUUCAGUU